AUGGAAAUAGAAAACGUGACAUACGCUGACGUCGGUAGCUACCAAUGUUUGGCAGUGAACUCAGAAGGAUGGGCUUCGACAACUGCCCUUCUAAAGGUCAAAGGUAUAGAUACUGACAAGACUGAUGACACAUUGACAGUCCACAGAAUGACUUUCGAUCAAUCUGGUUCGAGAAAAGAUAGCAAUAAAAGACCCUUGGUUCUGGUAAACUUAGACAAGACAGAAAGCUUGGAUGAUUUUCUAAGCAUGGAUCAAAUUAAUCGCUCUUUAUCGCCGAAUGGAAUCCGCCAGAUAUCUAUGAAGGCUGUUUCUACUGGGAGUGCUACGGUCGAAGGUGGAAUGAGAAAAAUCUCCUUUCUUGGUUCUGAACCGAAUGAGAUUGAUAUAUCAGAUGAUAAUAUUACUCCAAAUCAAAACAUGUUUGAAACCGGACUUCCGUCUCAAUGUUUAGACGAAAAAGGUAUUGAUGACAGUGGAAAAGCACAAAACGUAGAUUUAGCUGAAACAGAUAGCGGCAAUUUUUCGUCGAGUAGUUCCAUAAAACAGCAAAAUGAAAACAAAGGAGGCAAAAUAACGAUAUCUAUCGAUGAAGUGAGUGACGACGAAGAUCUUCAUGCCGGACUGGAAGAUACGGUGGAGGAGCUUGCAAGUUUUCUUAAAGCAGACGACGAAUUCAACCGCACGAGGAGGUUGACAGGAGACAGUGGAAUAGCAGACGAUGAUUAUUCUCCUACGUCAUCAGAUGAAGAUGUAGAUCAUAUGGGAGACAAAAAAAGAGCAACUCGAAAACAUUCGGAACAACAUAACAAAAAACGUGCUAAAAAAAGUCCUUCCUGUGAUGACCUUGUCGAUGAUCAAUUCAUAAAAAGUGAAAACCACAUAAAUAAUGAAAAGCUUGAAUCGACGACAAACAUUUCCAAUGAUAAGGUGUCUCCAUGUGGAAUAAAUGUUGACCCUUUCGACAACAAAACUUCUUCUAGUACUUCGAAAAUGGAAGAUCAAAAUAGUGUUUCGGAAGUCGACAAACCUUCAUACAACAUCGACAAAAUUGGAUAUCCAGAUAAUGACGGCAAAACAGAAACUGAUGACAAACCAAUAUGUGGAAAUGAAAGUGAGGUUGAAAGCUUUGUACAAAACACCAAAACUAGAUUAAUAAAUGACAGGUUAAAAAAUGGCAUCACAAGUCAUCAACCAAAACAGAAGCCAAAUACAAUUGAAGAAAAGAACACUCAAUUUGAUGCACAAAACAUUAACAGCGAGGACGAUGGAGAGGAUAUUUUUCAUUCGGACGAAGAAGAACACAAGAUACUGGCAGAAAUUCGUCCAAACUUACACCUGAAAAAGCAAUUAUUUGACGAAACCACAAGUAACACGUUUUCGGCUGAAAGUUGGUCAGUUUAUGACAGUGGUCAUGACUGUACUCUUUCAGAGUCAAAUUUUGAUGCAUUUUCGUACCAGAAUGUAGACAUUGUAGAUGACAGUAAAUCUACCAGUAAUGAUGUUCGUAACAGCAUCGGAAAAGAUAAUAUGUGUGAUACUGCUGGACAAAAUGACAUUUCACAUAUUGACCGAACAGACAACAAAACUGAACAAAAUUUGAGUUGUGAUGGUAAGAUCAACGAUGAAAGGAAUGAAAAACUGGACCACUGUCAAGAAACAGAUUGUAGUAACAUCGAAAACACAACUACAGUGGAAAAGGCUUUCAAUAAAUCGGAGGACAUAACAUUCGUUAAAUCAGCCGAAAACAAAGGAAAAGAUAAUGUUGAUUUUGCCAAUGACAAUGUUAGCAAUGACGGAGAGCACGUGUUUCAUUCGGACGACGAAGAGCAUCGUAUUUUAGCAGAGAUUCGUCCAAAUUUACAUUUGAAGAAACCUUUGUUAGAUGAAACUAGGAGUAACACACUUUCUUUGAAGUCGGCAGAGAGCUGGUCCAUGUACGAAAGUUUCGAUGAUUAUAGUCUUUCCGAAACAAACUUGGACGCCCUCUCGUAUCAAAAUAUCGAUGAUGAGAAUUUUUUCUUAUGUAAAUUUGAGGAGAAAUCUAGCAAGAUUGGUGACCUUACAACUGACAACCGCAUUGAAGAUAUUCAAAAUGGAAAAGAAUCGGGCUUAAAUCAAGAAAAUAAAAUCAAAGAUGAAGAUUCUCGCCAAUCGCACAAAACCACAGAAAAAGAAUCGGAUGGCAAAAGUAAAAUUUCCGAAAAUAUUCUUGGAUUCAAAAUAGAAAGUCAAGCUGAUACAGACAAAAUCAAAAUGGACUCUAAUCAAUUAAACUGCGACAUCGGGGAUGAAAUACUCGAUACUGAAACACGACAAGACAACCCAACCGGUGUGUCCACUUCAAACAAUGAUGUAAAGGAAAAAUUAAAGACAGAUAUUGAUACUGAGGAAUCUAUCUGUAUAGAGAAUAAAGGAAAUAAAUUACUGACGGAUAACGAUGAUGACGAAUCGCUGUUAACCAAAGAUAAAACCAGCUGGAUAUUGAACAAUUCGGAGAUCGACAAAUCUGCUUAUUCAAACGACAAAGUCCCUAAUCUUGUGACAGAUAAUUGUGUCGAAAAAUUUCUUGAUACGGAUGAGACUGGAGGGAUAGUGGCUGAUAUUGAUUUCGACAUCACUGAAUCUCCUACCAAGAAGACGACACGUGGUUUAUUGACGGAUAGUGAUACAUCACUUAAAGGAGAAGGAAACAGUGACGAUAUUGGCGGACUGGUGGCAGAUUUUGAUAUCAAUGAAUCUUCUCACAAGGAUCCGACAAUUGAUUUAAAUAUCGAAGAAUCGAUCAAGGAUCAAAUUGGUGAGCUAGUUUAUGAUACUGAUAUUGAUAAAUCUAACAAAGAAAAAGGCAUUGGUAUUUCGACUGAUUUUUAUAUCGAUCAAUCUCCUACCAAAGAUGAGAUUGGUGAACUGGCAUCUGAUAAUGAUAUUGAUGAAUUUCCUAAUAAGGAUAAAAAUAUUGGUAUAUUGUCGGAUUUUGAUAUCGAUCAAUCGCUUAUCAAAGAGGUAAUUGGUGAGUUGGUGUCUGAUAUUGAUAUUGAUGAAUUUCCUUACAAGGAUAAAGCAAGUGGGAUAUUGUCGGAUAUAGAAACCAACACAUUAAGUAUAAAGGAUACAAUUGAUUGCCUAGUGGCUGAUAUUGAUGUUAAUGAAUCUCCUAACAAAGAUAGGGCGGGUGAGCAAUUGGUUGAUGUUAAUAUCGACAAAUCUCUUUCUAUCAAAGACAACAGAAUGCAAUUAUUGGCGGACAAUGAUAUAAGUGUAUCUCUUGACACUAAAGGUAAAAUGGAUGAGUCAUUGAGUGAAAAGGAUAUUGAUAAUCAAUAUCAGGGCAGUGACAUACUUAAACAGAAUGGUCCACCAAUAGACAGAAACAAAGAUAAUAAAACUGAACAGCUUUUUGCUCUGGGAGAUGACCAAACGCAUGUUGAAGAAAGUAACAAAAUCAUUCAGGAUUAUAAUGAGAAAUUUAGAUCACUUGGAAAGCACGAAAACGACAGGUCUUCGAAACAUGAAAAGAAUGAGAAUGAUGAAUCAGACCUGUUAACAGUUCAUCUUAGAGACACACCUUAUUCCUCUGACGAAUACAUUGACGACGAAUCUGAUGUUUCGGUGGAGGAAAUUGAGGAAGAAAGAUGUGACAUCCUGAAACAACUGGACCUUAGCGCAUAUGUAAUUAAUGACGCCUCGAGAAAGAAACAACUUCCAGUUUUGGAAGAAAAUACGUCACCAGAACUAUCAGACGAUAAUGAUUGUAAAAACGGCGUAUCAGAUUCAAUAAUAAACAAUACGAUUAAAGAUGAGGAAAUAUUUAGCCUCAGUUCGACUGGCAAUUCGAAGGCAGACGAAAAUAUUGAAAAAUUCAAUAUACACAAAAAAAGGAAUGAUAAUAAAGUCAACAAGAGUAUCAACAAAAAUAGCAUGAACGACAACCAAAAAUCUAAUGAUGAAAUGAAUAUAUACGACACUAGUGUCAACGAAGAACUAGAUCUCGCAUGUGACGAGUUUGAGAAAAGACAUGGUAUCAAAACAUUACAACAGCUACAUUCAAUACCUGCUUACGACGAAGUCAAUGAUGAAAGUAUUGGUCUAGAAAGUUUAUCGGAUACAAGACCCGCACUACCGAAUACUUUAUUCAUUGGUGAUAACCAAUCAUUGGCGUCCCUUAUGGGCCGUAUUGCAGCCGAAACAAAUACACAACAGAAUGCAUCCCCACCAGAAUUGGAAGAUAUUGAUUUCAAUGAUUUCGUAAACAUACUGGCGGUUGUUCCUGGAAAGGAGGCGCGUAUUUUACUGUCACCAAUCAGCGAAGAGGGAACCGUUUCCCAAAUUGCAGAAUCAGUCAAUUCUCUAAGCCCAGAGUCUGUGGAAGAACAUACCGUUAAGAAACCAAAGAGGCCAUCUUUGAUUGAUCUUACUGUAACAGAUACGGAUGGAGUUGUGGAACGCAUUAACCUUCAAAACAUAGAUGUCCUUCAAAGUUUUAGCAAGCUUCGUAAUUAUGAUCAACCUAUUGAAACUGGAACGGAGCAAAUACCACGAAUUGUGAAAGGACCAAGUAGCAUCACAGCAAUCGAUGGUGAAGAGAUCAUUCUUCAAUGGACCAUUACAGGGUUUCCUGAACCAGAAGUUGUUAUUUUCAAAGAUGGAGAAACAUUGGAUAUAUGUGAUGGAAUAACACUAGAAAAUGAUAAAAACACGUGGACUCUUCAGAUCCCGUAUGGUAUGAAGGAGGACGCUGGUUUAUACGAAAUAUGUGCCGUUAAUUCAUCUGGGAAUGACAUCCUAAAGACCAGGGUUUAUGUAAAAAAUGCGAAAAAUUCACCAGUUAGAGAAGACGAAUUUAACAAUGAUCAAAGAGAAGAGCAAACUGGUGUCCCAGAAUUCCUAAAAACUCCAAGCAAUGUGGAAGUCAUAGAAGGGGACAUUAUCCAUGUUGAAUGUCAGAUAACAGGUGAUCCUAGCCCACAGAUUGUGUGGUUUAAGAAUGGAGAACUGUUCUACCCAGAGGAGAGGGUGGAGAUAUUACAAGAUUCUACAAGGUGCCAACUUAUUAUACAACAAACAGAACCAGAUGAUGCUGGAAUUUACAUGUGUAGAGCCUCUAAUUCUGUUGGGGUUAACCAAGUACAGUUCACUGUCUGUGUCACUGAUCAGGGUUAA